AUGUCCCUCCUCCCAGACAUCUCGAUCCCGCAAGCGCGGCGGAUCGCAGUGGACACGACGGGUGCCCAGAUCGUGCAGGAGGAGAGCCCAGCUACACGCGACUCUCGCGGCAUCUACCUCCCCCACUACAUCGAGCCGGUGUCCCACAUCGCCAUUGACAUUGGCGGUUCUCUUGCCAAGGUCGUCUACUUUACGCGCACGUCGCAGCCCCUCUCUGCGUCUCCGCCCCAACCAUCAUCCCCCUUCCUCGCGCCCUCUGAGACGCUCACAUCGCCCGGAUCCAGUUCCACCCACCUCCCCUCUCCUGAAAACUCCAUCCUGCUGGACGGACACGAGCGCCAUCGGCCACAUGUCAACGGCGCGCUCACGCCCGGCAUCCUCUCUGAGGCGCGCGAGCGCUCCCCACCUAAGCGAUCAAGCAGGGGCAGGCGGUUUAGCAGAGAUCCACGCUGGCGGCGGGGAAGCGUCCCCGACCCCCUUCCUGGAGGGUUAGUCAACUUUGCGCGCUUCGAGACGGCAUGCGUCGACGAGCUCAUCGAGUUCCUCAAGGACCUGAUUGCGGAGAGUGCCAAGGCCAACCGCGUGAGCCUCGACCGCAUGAAGAGCACAGUCAAGGUCAUGGCAACUGGCGGGGGCGCGCACAAGUUCUAUGACGAGCUGAGCCGCGAGCUUGGCGUCGAGGUUGCCCGCGAGGAGGAGAUGGAGUGUCUUAUCCUCGGGCUGGGAUUCGCCGCGCGUGUACCGGAAGAGGUGUUCUGGUUCUCCGAGGAGCUCGUGUACAUGGUGUCGCACCCCGAGGGACCGCGCACCAUUCCGCCGAGCGAGCUUCCACGCCCAUCGCCCACGCCGCCCGCGUACGAGGUGACGUUUGCUCCAGCCGGCGACGACGACACGCCUGUCUUCCCCUGCCUGGUGGUCAACAUUGGCUCGGGCGUGUCCAUUGUCAAGGUCGAUGAGGAUGGGAGCUUUGAGCGUGUCUCGGGUACCUCGCUCGGUGGGGGGACGCUGUGGGGUCUCCUCUCGCUUCUGACGGACGCGACCACAUUCGACGAAAUGCUCCUCCUCAGCGAACAGGGAGACAACAGCGCGGUCGACAUGCUCGUCGGUGACAUCUACGGGACCGACUAUGGCAAGAUUGGGCUCAAGAGCAGCACCAUUGCCUCGUCGUUCGGCAAGGUGUUCAAGCACGGUGCAAAGAACGAUCGCAAAAAGGAGUUCCGGCAGGAGGACAUUGCGCGUUCGCUUCUGUACGCGAUUUCCAACAACAUUGGUCACAUUGCGUACAUGAACGCGGCAAAGUAUGGCCUCGACCGCGUCUUCUUCUCGGGCUGCUUUAUCCGCGGGCACGCGGCGACUAUCUCGACACUCAGCUACGCUAUCCGCUUCUGGUCCAAGGGGACGAUGCGGGCGUGUUUCCUCCGCCACGAGGGCUUCCUCGGUGCCAUUGGCGCGUGGAUCAAGAACGUAGAGCCGCACUCGGGGACGGCGACGCCCAUGCCGGCUACGCCGGGCAGUGCCACGCCGGGAGCCGCGACGCCGCAGCGCUCUGCAUGUAGCAUGGUCGAGCACCACAAGAGCGUGGCGGAGGGGUUGUCCAAGCUGAGCAUUUCGACAUAG